AUGACAGGAGAGACAGAGGUGCGAAGCAGCCUGACUUCCGGCCUGCAGGCAGUGCUUCUGGCAGGGGUCUUUGGGAUGAUGGUUGGCAUGGCCCCAGUUCGUGCUGAAGAAGCUGCUCCAGCAGAGGCAGCACCAGCAACACCUGCUGUGUCCGUUGGGGGGGGCGUUGACAACAUGACAUCUCGGAAGUCCAAGCGAACCACCAGGGUGAAGAAGGAGAAGAAGGCAGCGGCUACCAGCACCGACGAUUCCGGCAAGAAGAAGCGUGUCAUCAUCUCCCCGGCAGAUGAGCUGGACGAGGAUGAGCUGUCUCCACUGCGACCCAACCCUCCGCUGCUGUUCCUGAUCUUCGCGACGCCGGUGACGAUCUACCUGACCUUCUACGUCCUGGGAUCCCUCAACAUCAUCUGA